UCCUCCCGGAAGCGGGCCUGGGCGGAUGUCUCCGGCGCGUCCGUGUAGGGGACUGAGGGCCGCGGUGGCUGCCAGCGUGGGAUUGAGUGAGGGGCCGGCGGGCUCCGCCCGCAAGGGCCGCCUCCUCCGCCCUCCGGGCCCCGCUCGGGCGACGCCGGGGGCCCGGCUGUUACGGCUCCCGGGGAACGGGGCCGUGCGGGCCGCAAGCCCGGAGCGCGCCGGUUGGACCGAGGCGCUGCGGGCUGCCGUGGCCGAGCUGCGCUCCGGCGCCGUGGUGGCCGUCCCCACCGAUACGCUGUACGGCCUGGCGUGCUCGGCGAGUUGCUCGGCGGCACUGGACGCUGUGUACCGCCUCAAGGGCCGUAGCGAGGCCAAGCCGCUGGCCGUGUGCCUGGGCCGCGUGGUGGACGUCUACAGGUACUGCCAUGUGAAAGUACCCGAGGGGCUCCUGAAAGACCUGUUACCAGGACCAGUGACGCUGGUGAUGGAACGAUCGGAGGAGCUCAAUAAGGACCUGAACCCCUUCACUCCUCUUGUAGGUAUCCGGAUUCCUGACCAUGCCUUCAUGCAGGACUUGGCCCAGAUGUUUGGGGGACCACUUGCUCUCACCAGUGCCAACCUCAGCUCCCAGCCCAGUUCUCUGAAUGUGAAGGAGUUCCAGGACCUCUGGCCUCAGCUGUCCUUGGUAAUCGAUGGGGGGCCAAUUGGGGAUGGCAAGAGCCCCAGGUGUCGCCUCGGCUCAACUGUGGUUGACUUGUCUGUGCCUGGAAAGUUUGACAUCAUUCGUGCAGGCUGUGCCCUGGAAAACACUACGGCUGUCCUCCAAAGGAAGUACGGGCUGCUCCCUCACAGGGAUCCUGCUGAGACUUGGGAGGCAAAAGGGCCCAGGGACUGAUGUUGGACACUAUGUGUCUGUCCACCGGUGGAUGGCCAGGCCUCAUUUGCAGAGGCCACUGGGGCCACAGCGUCACUAGUCUGCCUUUGAAGGCGGUUUGUCUUUAUGAACACUGUAACCGAGCCCCAGAAGCAGCUGGUUUAGCUUCACACCUGGGGAAGGGGGCUAUAUUUAUUGUCUAUAAUUUCAUAUGUCAGCCAAAAGCUGAAUAGAGACUAAGAACAUUCCUAGGAUGCUCUUAUUCUGAUGAACUUCUUCUCUCCCUCUCUCUUUUUUUUUUUAAUUCUUGAAAUAAAAUUUAAAUAACGUUUGGAA